CACCAUCUCUAUCCAUUUUAUUCUAUCUCUCUCAAAAACACAAAGAGAAAAAAUAAACGGAAGAUGCAAGAACUGCCGGAUUGCUUGUACGAGGGAAACCAACCAACCUUAAUAACUCCUUCAUCUCCCACACCAAAUCACUCUCUCUACCUUUCCAACCUCGACGACCAUCAUUUUCUCAGAUUCUCUAUCAAGUAUCUUUACCUUUUCGAAAAAUCUAUUUCCCCUCUCACCCUGAAAGAUUCUCUCUCUAGGGUUCUAGUUGAUUACUACCCUUUCGCGGGUCGGAUAAGAGUCUCCGAUGAAGGGAGCAAGCUCGAGGUAGACUGUAAUGGGGAAGGCGCGGUUUUCGCAGAAGCUUUCAUGGAUAUAACUUGUCAAGAUUUUGUUCAGCUUUCUCCUAAACCAAACAAGUCUUGGAGGAAGCUCUUGUUCAAGGUUCAAGCUCAGAGUUUCUUGGAUAUUCCUCCUCUUGUCAUACAGGUGACGUAUCUUCGUUGUGGGGGUAUGAUCCUCUGCACCGCGAUCAAUCAUUGCCUCUGCGACGGCAUUGGCACAUCGCAGUUCCUACAUGCAUGGGCCCAUGAGACCACUAGCCAAGCUCAUCUUCCGACCCGACCAUUUCACUCCCGUCACGUGUUAGAUCCGCGAAACCCUCCCCGUGUCACACACUCACAUCCCGGUUUCACCAGUACCACCACCGUAGACAAAAGCUCCACCUUCGACAUUUGUAAGUAUUUACAGUCCCAACCAUUGGCUCCCGCCACCUUAACCUUCACCCAAUCUCAUCUCGUACGCUUAAAGAAAACAUGCGCUCCUUCGCUAAAAUGCACCACGUUCGAGGCACUAGCGGCUCACACUUGGCGCUCGUGGGCACAAUCUCUUGAGUUACCAUUGACCAUGCUGGUUAAACUCUUAUUCUCUGUCAAUAUGAGGAAAAGACUAACUCCAGAACUUCCCCAAGGGUACUACGGUAAUGGAUUCGUACUAGCUUGCGCCGAGACAAAGGUACAAGACCUAGUCAAUGGUAAUAUUUACCAUGCGGUAAAAUCGAUACAAGAGGCGAAAUCUAGAAUCACCGACGAAUAUGUAAGAUCAACGAUAGAUUUACUGGAGGAUAAAACAGUGAAAACGGACGUCUCAUGCAGUUUGGUCAUUUCACAAUGGGCGAAACUGGGAUUAGAGGAGUUGGACUUGGGAGGAGGAAAGCCAAUGUAUAUGGGUCCUUUGACGAGUGAUAUCUACUGUUUAUUUUUACCGGUCGCGAGGGAUAGUGAUGCCAUUAGGGUUCAAAUAUCCCUGCCAGAGGAUGUGGUGAAGAGACUAGAGUAUUGCAUGGUUAAGUUUUUAGACGGGAAAGACAACGAAGAUGAAAAUUCUCGUGCAAAAUAAAGUUAUCUUUAUACAUUUCAAUGGUCUAUAAUAAAAGAGUUCUUCACUU